CCAGGUGUCAUUUCCUGUAUCGCUUGCGCUGGGCUUAACCGGAGUUUUGAAUCGGUAACCGCAGGAACUCUCAAUGGCGUUAACAGGAGAACAGAAAGAAGUGAACAUGAUGUCAGAACUGUCAAACAAAGUACUUCUCCAGUAUGAAAGCCUCCAAAGAGAAUACGAGAAAAUCAAAAAGGAGUGUAAAAAAAUGCAAGAGGAGAGAGAUGAGGCCUUACGGAAGCUGAAAGAAUUUGAACAAGUGUCACACAGGGUGAUCGAGGAGGUGAACAACAUUCAGGAGAAUCUAGAGAUCGAGAAGACAUGCAGGGAGAAUGUAGAAGCUUUGGCCUCAAAGUUGAACAGACAGAACCGUUCUCUGAAGAGGAAGAGUAUGCUCUUUAUGUCCCGCCUUGGUGCCGACGUCGUCGCUGAGAUCGGUCUGGAUGAUGAGGAUGAUGAAGAUCCACAGGAGGAGGAGUCAGCUGUCUGUAGCUCCUCCCACUGUCAGAUUGUCAUUACAGAGCUGAGGGAUAAACUAGAAGUGAUCCUGGCCGAGAAGAAGCAGAUUGCGAUCGAUCUGGAGACGACGAAAGAGCAGCUCUGCCAAACUAGACAAGAACUCCUGAAAGAGAAACAUGAUAAUACUGUUUUAAUAGCUGAAACAUUUCAACAAAAGAAGCUCUUGGGAAAAUACAACAGAGUUUCUCAAUAUGCUCUAGAUGAGUUUGAGGCCUUGCAGGAUGAUCUAAAUCUUGAGAGGGACCUGCGUUCUGAAGCAGAAAAGUUUGCACACGAGAUGCUAGUGGAGCAGAAGAAGCUGAAAAGGCAAAGCCAGAUGUUGAUCCAGAGCGUGUCCCCAACAGAAGCUCUGGAGAAAGCUCUGGCAGAGAUCAACACACUGACACACACUUUAGAGACACAGAGACUGGAGCAUCAACAGCAGGUGAAGACUCUUGAAGAGCAGAUAAACAGCAGUGAACUAAAGAAGCAGCUGACAGCGUUACACAGACAGACUGAAUUGCUGGAAGAGGAGAGGAAAGAGUGGCAGCACAAACACACUAAAGCUGAAACCGAAGCCAAAGACCUCAGAUUCACAGUGGAGGAACUGAAAAAGAAGCUCCAGCAAGUCUCCAACCCGCCACCAGCUGCCCCAGGACCCCCUCCUCCACCCCCGCCACCACCUCCUCCACCUCCACCCCCUGCCCCCUCAAGCAACCCUCUCAGCUCAUUACUGUCUAUGCUUCGUAAGAAAAAAGAUGUGAGCACUGAAAUUGCAUUAGUGGAGAAGGACGACUCUGAGAAAACCCCAGAGAAGGACAUCAGACAGCAAGCUGUGGAUGAGAUGAUGCAGCGAAUCAAAAAAGGAGUUCAACUCCGACGUGUUUCCCAGAAAACCAAGAGACCAGGACCGAAAGAAGGAUCCAGUUCUGCCAUACAGGAGCUUCAGGGAAUCCUGAACUCUGUCAAGCGUCCUGGCCCCUCCUCCUCGCCUGGGACACGCCCUCCGUCACCAUCACCGAAGUCUGAGCUGGAGAAAGCCCUGCAAAAACGGAGAGUAGUGCUGAAGGCUGCAAAGAAUAACACGAAUUCCAGUGGUGCUCUGGAUCUGCCUCAGAUUGAGAAAACCCAGUCAGAACCAGGCCAGAACACAAGGGACCAGAACACACCACAACACACAACAACCACAGUAUGCACUGAUCAACUCAAGCCUUCAUAGGAGCUCGUAGGUUUUCACAGAGAAGCAUUUUAUUCCGUCCGAACCGCACACUAGAUCAGAUUUACAAAAUGGUGUGACGUUUAUCAUGCCUCGUUACACAACAGGAUUUCAUUUCCUCCGGUGAGCUGCAGCUGCUGUGAUGUUGUUGUGCUGUGAAACAGGAGAAGUGUGUGUCUGUGCUGAGGCUCAGUGACGCCUUUCCACUGCUUUCACACACUUAGGCACAAUUUCCAGCACGGCUUAGAGCUCUUCAUGGGGUUAAAUCUUCCCGGACACAAGAUGAAACUUUAUUCCUUUAUUUUCUCCUUCUUUUUUU